UAUACAUUAUAUACAAAUAUACAUGUUGAAAACAGCGAGAAAAUAAAUCGAGAAUAACAUUUUAAACUAAUUUAAAAACAAUCUAAAGAACCUGGUGUUCGAAAUAAAAGUGACGAAAGUGAUAAACCAAGAAUCUCAAAGUCGAACACCAAUUAAAAGAACUUUUUAAACGUACAUAUAGAAAAAUAUCCAUAUGUAUGAAAUAAUAAUAAUUAGAAGCCUGUGUUGUUAAGUGUUUUAACUUAAAAUCUUAUUCGCCGGCUGCAUGUAAAUUUUCUGUGCCGACCCUUGCUUUGAAUUGUCCUUACACGGUGUAUCGAAAAUCGGAUUGUAGAAAAACCGACUGAUUUAACAUUGUAAUGCCAAAAGUCCGGCCCGGUUAAGAUUUCAGUAUGUACUUCGGUAUAAGAGUAUGUAAUGUGCAUGCAUGUGUGGAUAGUACACGGAAAUGAAAAGACAAAUAAUACUCUCAAGUCCGCUAAUGUAAGAACGCGAUCGUUCUGUUACUAUAUAGGUGACCAAUAGGGAUAAGUCAGAAGAAAAUAUGGAAGAGUCGAAUCCCAAUUACGAUGUUAACCAAAGAUUACAAAAGCCGGAGAGUUGGCCAAACGCUAAUGAAUAUCAUCCCUCGAUGAUGUUUCCGGAGGACCCAAGACGGUACUUCCACAAUGCUCCAACCGAGCCCCAGCCUCAGCCUCAGCCUCAUCCUUCCAUUCCCAUACCAACACCGAUACCAAUCGAUGGAGCCGUAGAAAUACCCGCUAAAAUGCCACAAUACUGCCCCGACAUCAGCCAGCCAGUGGAUCCCGACCGGAUCAUAAAUCCUCUGGCUGAAGUGUCUAAAAACACAGUACCUUAUGGCCACAAACGAAAGAAUUCUGCGGCAGAAGAUCAGGCGGCGAACAAGAAGAUCAGUCUGGCGGCCGCGGAGGAGAAGAAAAACAGUCACCUGCGGAAAAACAUACGCGACGUGAUGAAUGAGAACAACCUAGAUACAACUACGCUGGCGGCCCAGCGUGAGGAAUCGGAACGCUUGGCUCGUGUUGCUGGUCAACAAAAGUCAAUGCGAGAGAUCCAAAAGCAGGUGGUCCACAAGCAGUUCUUCCGCAUCCUCCAGCUAGACGAGAGUGAGGGCAUCGAGAGCUGUGCUAUUGCCAAUCCCACCGAGCACCACCCGCCCGUUGACUUUCCAGAGGAAGACAUCGCCUCAGACACGUUCGACGAGUCGAACAGCAGCGGUUUGAGCGGCGGAAGCAUUGAUGAUGUGCUGCACAAGGAGGCCAGUGUGCAGCAACCUAGCGAGGUGGUCACAAUCGACGACAGCUCCGACGACGACUGUAUCCUCCUGUCCGAGGAGGAAGAGGAGGAUGACGAGGACCUGAACGAGUCGGACGACGCCACUAACAGCGGGAUGCACGUUAAAGAUCUUUACAAUGUUCCCGACGAAAACGGUCAGGUUGUGGUCAACAUGGCGCAUCCGGAAGGGGAGGAGACUCUGUACCUGGCUCCGCAGAUAGCCAAGGUGAUAAAGCCGCACCAGAUAGGCGGCGUGCGCUUUCUGUAUGACAACAUCAUUGAAUCCACACGGAGGUACAACAAAUCGAGCGGUUUUGGCUGCAUUCUGGCCCACUCCAUGGGCCUGGGCAAGACGUUGCAGGUUGUUUCCUUCUGUGAUAUUUUUCUGAGACAUACAUCGGCGAAGACCGUGUUGUGUGUGAUGCCCAUUAACACACUGCAGAACUGGCUGAGCGAGUUCAACAUGUGGGUGCCGCGCUACUCAACAGAUAGCAAUGUGCGAGCCCGAAACUUCGAUAUUUACGUCCUCAACGAUCAGCAAAAGACGUUGACGGCGCGGGCUAAAGUGAUCCUCAAUUGGGUACACGAUGGAGGCGUGCUUCUGAUCGGCUACGAACUGUUUCGCCUUCUGGCCCUCAAGCUGGUAAAGACGCGCAAGCGAAAGGGCAGCAUCAUUCGACCAGAUGGCAUGGACUCUAGCAGCGAUCUCAUGAACCUAGUGUAUGAGGCCUUGGUAAAGCCAGGGCCUGACUUGGUGAUCUGCGACGAAGGGCACCGUAUCAAGAAUUCGCACGCUGGCAUCUCGCUGGCCCUGAAGCAGAUAAGGACGCGGCGUCGCAUUGUACUCACUGGUUACCCCUUGCAGAAUAACCUGCUUGAGUACUGGUGCAUGGUGGACUUCGUGCGACCAAACUACCUGGGCACCCGCACGGAAUUUUGUAAUAUGUUCGAGCGGCCUAUUCAAAAUGGUCAAUGCGUGGACUCCACUCCGGAUGACAUCAAGCUUAUGCGCUACAGGGCACACGUGCUGCACUCUCUUUUACUGGGGUUCGUCCAGAGGCGAUCGCAUACAGUACUGCAGCUCACACUGCCCCAGAAGUACGAGUACGUCAUCCUGGCUAAAAUGACCGCCUUUCAGCGCAAGCUUUAUGACACCUUUAUGACCGAUGUGGUGCGCACGAAAGCCUUCCCCAACCCUCUAAAAGCCUUUGCCGUGUGCUGCAAAAUCUGGAACCACCCAGAUGUUCUGUACAAUUUUCUGAAAAAAUGUGAGACUGAUUUAGAUUUAGAAAUCGACGAGGAGGUAUCCAAGGGCGCUCCCACCCCAACAGUAGAGCCCAGUCCAGAUCCUUCCCAGAGUGUGGCUUCUCCUCUCGAGAAGAAAAUCAAUGGAUCUGGAGAACCGGCCAAUAGUAUCGACACAUUAGCCAAAGCCGAGAAUCAAACUUUAUUUAAUAUUCCCACAUCAUCGGAUUUGAAUGCAAAAUAUUUAAAUAAGAGCCCUAGUUUCUACGAUGAAAAGCCGGAGCCACUCAACUAUGGAACUUUCGGUAGUGAGGGUAAAAACAACUACUGGAUGGAUUCCAGCAUUCUUCCCAAGCCGGGAUGUGUAGAAGUCAUUAAGCAAACGGACACGAACAUGUCGAGCAAUUUUGAAAGUAUUACGGGGUCCUCGGAAAUCGUCGAUCUUGACACAAACGAAAUAAAAACGGUCGAAACGACAAUACAAACGCCGUGUUCCAAUAAUCAAAUAGAAAAUGAGUGCAAUCCUAGCAAACCAAGUGAAUGGAAUGCCACGGGCAUAAAAAACGUUAGUGGAGUAGCUGCCGAGCCAUUUAAAAAGUUGCUGAAGAGUAAGCGAAACGACGAAUUCUCAUGUUCGUGGGCUGUUGAUAUAAUGAAGAACUAUGUGUCAGGCCUAAUAUCGAAUUCGCCCAAAAUGGAGAUUUUCUUUUGCAUCCUGAAGGAGAGCCUGCAUUUAGGAGACCGUAUUCUUUUGUUUAGCCAAAGCCUUUUAACCUUAAAUUUACUCGAAGUCUAUCUCAAAUCUAGUUAUGUUCCUGGUAGUAAUCAACUUUGGUCUAAAAAUAGUUCAUAUUUUCGUUUGGAUGGUUCAACUUCCUCGCAGGAAAGGGAAAGGCUAGUCAAUGAAUUUAAUGCAAAUAGUAAUGUUAAACUUUUUCUAAUAUCAACAAGAGCCGGCUCGCUGGGUAUAAACCUCACUGGAGCCAACCGCGUUAUAAUAUUCGAUGCUAGUUGGAACCCCUGUCACGAUACACAAGCUGUAUAUAGGAUUUAUAGAUAUGGUCAGACAAAGCCGUGUUUCGUGUACAGAAUCGUAAUGGAUAGAUGCCUCGAGAAGAAGAUUUAUGAUAGGCAAAUUAAAAAGCAAGGAAUGUCCGAUCGAAUUGUCGAUGAAUGCAAUCCCGAGGCACAUCUUUCAAUGAAGGAUAUUACCAAUCUCUGCCACGACUAUGAUUCCGAUGAAGAAACAGUCGAGGAGGUAAAUAAAACAGUUGACGAUUCGAGUAAACCAAGCUCGCCGUCUGAGGAGGCCAGUAAGCCAGCAAGUGACCAAAUUAAAAAAGAAGACGAUCAAAAUAUGUCCUUAGAGGAGCAAAAUAAAUCAAAUGAACAUAAAACCUCACUUGACGAACAAACUGAGUCUAAAUCACUUAACGGCGCCUCCCAAUCGCCAAUUAAGAAGGAAAAGGAUGAUGGUCCGGAAUGUGUUGUUCACGCCGACUCAAUUAUAAACACAAUUCUGGAAUUGCAUAGACACUGUGUGACAAAGGAACCGUUCUUGCAUGAAAGUUUGUUGGUCGAUCAAAAGGAUAGAAAAUUGUCGCAAGCGGAAAAACGGCAAGCUCAUCGAAGCUACGAGCUGGAAAAGAAAGCUGCCGUCAAUCAGAGGUGUGCUUAUGCGCCUGCGAAAAUGCACUAUAAGAUCGUUAACAACGAUGGAACUGUAAUUACUAAACCGAUAAACCAGCAAAUGAAAACUAAUACGUCGUCUUCAAGUGGCGCACGAUCGACUAGAUGGAUACCGGCUGACGUUUGGCAGCGUCAGGGGAUGACUGCACAAGAAAUGACCCUACCUCUUGAUGUUGUCAUUCCAACAAAUUCAGCCGACAAAGCCAAUAUAAUUUUAAAGGCUGGUCAGCGAGUUAUGGUUCUAAAGUCGGCAAAAGGAAUAUACAUGCAGCUGGAUAGCGGGAAAAUUAUAGCAAUAAGGACUACGGCAAAAACAGAACCCGAAAAGACAAACAAGGACGAUGUGAUAGACAUAACUUCCGAUUGUGACACCGAUACCGUAAAGCCCCAAACGCCAGAAGAAGAUGUAAAAGAUCUGACUGCUGAUGACGAACCUCAUGUAGUUAAAAAUAAAGAAUGCACACCAGCAACCAAUAGCCGGCUAGAAAUAUCUACAAAGGAUCGAAAAUGCACGGAAAAUAUGCAACAUUUUAAGCCGCAAACACAACCAAAUACUACUUUAUCCACACCUUCAAAUCAGCAUCAGAUGCCUUGUGACUUAAACUACGCACAGCAGUCGCAACCACAACAACAUCAACAGCCGCAGCAGCAACAGCAUCAGCAUCAACAGCCGCAGCAGCAACUACCACAACAACAAACGUCACAACAAGCACCUCCGCAGGCGUACAAACAUCAGAAUCACCUGCCGUCUGCCGGAGAAGGUUACAACAAUGCCAAUAGUAUUCAGGCCAAUGCGCCACUCCCACAGCAUCCAGGAACUCCAAGCAGCGAGGCGGUGCCUUCGGCGGAUAGUUCGUACUUUCAGCCCAAACCCUUCCAGCACUCAUAUCCCCCGCAAUACUACGAUUACUAUGACAAUAAGCACAAGGCCGCACCGCCAGCUUCCGGUUACCACAUCAAUAACUACACCUCAUACAGCAAUCUGAACUUCGCACCGUACCAUUCCAAUCUGCAUCCUCCAGCGAGUUACAUCGGUGCCCCGUCGUCUUAUGUGAACUCGAAUGUUUUCCCCCGGCAGCAUUGGAGUUCGGUUGUAAGCUCACCAGCAUCGAACGAGCCCAUUCGACAGCCAUCGUACAUUGGUAGUACUUAUCCCAUCAACGAGUGGUCGUCGCAAUAGCGAGUGUAAAUAGACUAUGGUCCAAUAUCUCCGUGUCCAGUUCAGGGCAAAGCCAGUUUAACGAGCUCAAAUAUACUCAGACUAACUUUUAACUAAUUACUUUAUUGUUUUGUUUCGCAUUCGGUUUCUAGCGAAGCAUUACUGUAUAGAAGGUUAUGAUUGUUUAUUUUACAUUCUUGAAUGUACUCACAAAAUUCUGCCGACCCCAAGUUACAGACGCCUAAGAAGUAACCUGUUCAAACGAAUCAUUAUAAUUAUAUUAGAUAAAUAAUGAGAUCAUAUAAGUGAUCACUAAACCAUAAACAAUGCUUCCUAUAAUAAUUAAAUUUCGAUUUUACCAAUGACUUGUGGCUUGCAAACUUUAUUCUUUUCCAAGCAAUAAUUAGUUACUUUGUCGUUCAGGUGUUACCUUGACUGGACAAAACGAGCUCGGCCUUUAUUCCUUACCAUUAUUUUCCUCUAAUUUAUUUAUCUUACCAUAGUGAAUUCUUUUUAAACGCAUAAUUACGAUAAGUUAUUAGUUUUCAUUAUGAAAAUCACAAACGAAAACUAAACAAAUAUUCAUAGUUUGUGACAUACUAUUUAAGCAAUCGUUCUACCCAAUUGUAUUUAAACUAGAUGCCCACGAAUAGAAAAACUCAUACGAAAUAACAUUCGGAAAUCAGUCUCUUUUUGUUAAGGGUAGCAAUGCCCCAAUAAAGGAAACUAAAACAAACAUUGACAUUAGUCUAGAUAAUAGCACAUUCGAAAUAAUAAACAAGCUUUGAUUAAACAAUGUUAGAUCUAAGCAAUAAAGAGAAAGUAUUAAACCGGA